CUCUAGGGUUUCCUCCCCACCGCGCCGACCUCCCAACUAAUCUCAAGCUUUCAGCAGCAGCAGCACCUCUCAGCAGCAAUGGCGGAGCAGACCUUCAUCAUGAUCAAGCCCGACGGCGUCCAGAGGGGCCUUAUCGGCGAGAUCAUCAGCCGCUUCGAGAAGAAGGGCUUCUACCUCAAGGGCCUCAAGCUCCAGAACGUCGAGAAGUCGUUCGCUGAGCAGCACUACGCCGAUCUGUCCUCCAAGCCCUUCUUCGGCGGGCUUGUGGAGUACAUCGUCUCCGGCCCCGUCGUCGCCAUGGUCUGGGAGGGCAAGAGCGUCGUCGCCACCGGACGCAAGAUCAUUGGCGCCACCAACCCCCUGGCCUCUGAGCCUGGCACCAUCCGUGGUGACUUCGCCGUUGACAUCGGCAGGAACGUCAUCCAUGGAAGCGACUCAGUUGAGAAUGCCAGGAAGGAGAUUGCCCUCUGGUUCCCUGAGGGUCUCGCUGGGUGGACCAGCAGCCAGCACAACUGGAUCUACGAGGCCUAGAUCUCAAACGAUGCUUUGAGAGUUGGUUUGUCUACCGGAAUGGUCUUCGCAUUUUACAGUUUUGAGUAUUGAGAUCUGUAUCUCAGGAACCUUUGUGUGAACCGAAGUUAUCUCCUGCGCUCUCUAUAUUUGAUAUGGUAUUGCUUUGAUAUGAAA